UUCUCGUGCGACGCCCGCCGCCUCACCCGCCUCACGCGCAUGUCCGACGCCGGGCGGGCCUCGACCGAGCGCACCGUGGAGUCCCUGGCCGCGGGUGGCGGGACCAACAUCAAGGAGGGCCUUCGCGAGGCGGCCAAGGUGAUCGACGGCCGCCGCUACAGGAACGCCGUCACCGGCGUCAUCCUGCUCUCCGACGGCCAAGACAACUACACGCUGUCUUCAAGGUUUUACAAUCAAGACGUGGCCACCGACUACAGCGUGCUCGUGCCACCUUCCCUGAUCCGCACGGGCGACGGGUCCUCGCCGCCGAUCCACACGUUCGGCUUUGGGACCGACCACGACUCGGCGGCCAUGCACACCAUCGCGGAGGCCACCGGCGGCACGUUCGCCUUCAUCGAGAACGAGGCCGUCAUCCAGGACUCGUUCGCGCAGUGCAUCGGCGGGCUUCUCUCGGUCGCCGCGCAGGAGGCGCGCGUCGCCGUCGAGUGCGUCUGCCCCGGCGUUCGCGUUCGGUCCAUCAAGUCGGGGCGCUACAAGAGCCGCGUCGAUGCCAACGGGCGCGCCGCCGCGGUGGAAAUCGGCGAGCUAUACGCCGACGAGGAAAGGCGCUUCCUGCUGCUAGUGGACGUGCCGACGGCCGGCGCCACGGACGACGUGACAUCGCUGAUGAAGGUGAGCUGCACAUACCGCGACGUGGCGACCGGGCAGUCGGUGGACGUGGCAGGCGAGGACGUGGCGGUGAAGAGGCCGGUCGAGGCGCCGGAGGCAGAGCCGGACGUGGAGGUCGAGCGGGAGCGCCUCCGCGUGCAGGCCGCCGAGGACAUCGCGGCGGCGCGGGCGGCGGCCGAGCGCGGCGAGCACGCGGAGGCGUCGGAGAUGCUCAGCCGCCGGCGCAUGGCGCUGAGGCAGUCGCCGCUGGGCGCGAGCGGCGACGCCGGGUGCGCGGAGCUGGCGGCGGAGCUGGGCGAGCUGAGCGAGCGCGUGGGGGACCGGAGGGAGUACGACCUGUCGGGGCGCGCGUCGUUGCUGUGCGGCAUGAGCGCGCACUCGCAGCAGCGCACGUCGGUCAAAGUUGGGAGGGCGAGGUACGCGACUCCCGCCAUGCGUAAGAUGGUGGACCUGUCGGUGAAGACUCGUGAGCAGCAGCAGCAGCAGCAUCGCCGCCCUCGAGGACGACGAUGCCGCCGCCGCCGCCACCUUCGACGGCGACGCCGGCUCUCGCUAAGAACCUGGUGAGAAGGUACCACCGAUUUCUACGUCUCAAGUGAGCACGGGGCGAUCAACUGAACUGCUACGAAAAUGCUCGCGCGCGAGCACAGGAAAUAAUUAAGACCUGAACUUGCACGGUCUUUUUA